CUUCUCCUUUCCUCUCUUCUCUCCUUCCACCCUUCUUUCUCUUCAACAAUUCGCUCUCUCCUUGUCUCUCCCUUGCUGCUGGAUGGUCCUGCUCUCAACAGCCAGAAUCAACUUCCUGCCUUCCUCGAGAGGCUUUGUGGACACCUUUGUGGUGCCUCCAUCCUCUUGGGCCUUGCUCCGUUCAGCCUGAUUCAUUUAACUGCAGAUUCCCCAUCAACUUGUCAGCCGUCAAGUCUUCCCUCUGACACAAGAUGUCUGGUGCCGCACGUCGUCGUGGCGCAGGCCGUGCGACUAGAGGUCAAGCGUCCGAAACGUCAUCUCGUCGUGGUGACAGACUCCAGGCUCCGGGCGGUGGGUUCGAUGGCCCUGCAUCAAGAGGCACUGGAUCAGGUAUCGGCUCUCAGAGUCGAGGACCUUCCAAUCCAUCUGUCGGCCCUCCACACGGUUCUGGAAGUGCUCCUCAAGGUUCCCAAGCUGGCAGUCGUCGCAGCAGCCAAUCUGGAGGUCCACCGGCCCAGACCGCAGGUCCUUCAGUGCCGGUGACGCAAGGUGACCCUGCUCGAGAUGAACCGUCACGAUACACCGACGCACUCCGAAACGUUGACUUGCCAGCAUCGUUUUACAACAUUGACCAACUGUACACACUUCCAACACAGUUCAAGAAGCGACCGGCUUUCAACAACUCUGGCAAACCCGUCCAGCUUGCCGUCAAUGCCUACACUGUGACCCAGUAUCCAAACGUCAAUGUCUACCAGUACGACGUCAUCAUCGGGGAUGGCAGCGAGAAGCGUGCUGUGCAGCGCAAGGUCUGGGCUUCCAAGACUCGUAAAGAUGCGACUGGUGCUCCCAUGAUCUACGAUGGCAACCGUCUAGCUUGGUCGCUCAUCGAUCAUGGCGAAGGACUCCGCCUCAUGGUUGAUCUGGACUCGCAGGAUGGGCGACCAUCUCGAGGAGCCAAGAAUACGUUCCGACUGCAUAUCAAGAAGACACGAACUCUUGACAUCAAUGUCGUUCAGCAAUACCUCAAUGGCACAAUCCAGUUCGGUAUCCCAGUUGCCGAGGCCAUCAACUUCAUGGAUCACCUCUUGCGUGAGGGGCCGUCGGUUUCGGACGAGUUUCUUUCGGUUCGUCGUUCGAUCUUCAAGCGCGAUGGCGAGCGAUCAGAUCUUGGGGGUGGUAUCGAAGUCUGGCGUGGCAUCUACCAAUCCAUGCGGCUUGCUGAAGGCAAGAAGCUGAUCAUCAAUCUGGACGUCGCCAAUACCUGCUUCUGGAAGCCGGCCAGCCUUAUCGGUGCCAUCAUCGCCAAGAAUCGUGAGAUCUCGGACCCCAGUGCAAUCGUCAAGCAGAUGGAACCAAAACGAGAAGACAACGGCCAGAAGUCCCCAAGCGUUGGACAUAAGGCUAUCGAAAAGGACUUCAAGGGAUUGAUUGUGUAUGCGAAGUACCCGGGCAAUCCAUUGGCAGGAAAAGAAUGGAAGAUCUAUCGGUUCGACAUCAACAAUUGCAAUGAGGAGACGAUCGAAUGGAGGGAUCCUCAGACCAAGAAACCUACAGGGGAAAUGGUGACGAUUGCCCAGUACUUCAAGCGCAAGUACAACACCGCACUCCAGUAUCCCAAGCUUCCUUUGGUUGAGAUGACGAAGAAAGGAGUCAAGUACCCCAUGGAGUUGUUGCACAUCCCUAAUGGUCAGCGUUUCCCGGCCAAACUGGACGAGUUCCAAACUGCAAACAUGAUCAAGUUUGCGGUCUCUCCUCCUGCAGUUCGCCUUAAGGCUAUCAAUGAGGGCAAGUCAUGGCUAGAUUGGAACAACGACAAAUACCUGGUCAACUACGGCUUGCGUGUCGAGAAUGAGCCUAUCCGGACCAAUGCUCGUAUCUUGCCUCCACCAAGCAUCAAAUUUGGUAACAAUGUUGUCGAGUCACCUGGUACCCGAGGUCGCUGGGAUCUCAAGGGCAAGAAAUUCCUUACCGGCAAUGUGGAGGAACUUGUUGCCUGGGGUGUGGGAAUGUUUCCUGGAAGAAGCAGGCCCGACAAGUCUGCGAUUGACAAAUUCUGCCUCGACUUCGCCCGUGCAUACCGUAAUCACGGUGGACGGGUCAGCAACAAACCACCGUACAUCAAGCUGCUCAACAAGGACGCCGGUAAAGCAGUCGAGGAGUUCCAUCAAGAGUGCGGCAACUUCUAUAACCGCAAGCCACAACUUCUCGUCUUCUUGGUCCAGGAUAGACAGGCCUUCCACUAUCUCCGCAUCAAGAAAUCUUGCGACUGUCGCUACGGCGUCGUCUCCCAAGUGAUGCAAAUCCCGCAAGUCUUGAAAGGCAAUCCUCAAUACUACUCCAACGUGCUGAUGAAGGUCAAUGCCAAGUUGGGCGGUUGCACUUCUCAGGUCGUGCCUCAUGCCACCAGUGGCUUCAAGUCGUUCAGCGCUCCGACCAUGAUCAUUGGUGCUGAUGUCUCUCAUGCAUCUCCCGGAAGUCCACAGGCGUCCAUGGCUGCUCUCACAGUCUCAUAUGAUCGCCAUGGAGGCCGUUACGCUGCUGCCUGUCAGACGAACGGUCACCGUGUGGAGAUGAUUUCUGCAGCCAACUUCCACGAUAUGUUAAGACCUCUGAUCCAGAACUGGAUUCCGCAGGUUGGAGGUAAUAGACUUCCGCAACAAGUCUAUUACAUGCGAGACGGGGUCUCCGAAGGGCAAUUUCUCCAUGUGCUCAAUCAGGAAGUUCCAAAUAUCAAGUCUGUCCUCAACUCUUUCCACCCUCAGAAGAAGUGGGAGGGAAAGAUCACGGUGAUUAUCGCAUCGAAGCGCCAUCACGUUCGUGCAUUCCCAACUGGCGCUGGUGCAGAUAACAAGGGUAACCCACUUCCUGGUUGUCUGAUUGAACGAGAUGUGACUAUGCCGAACGAAUGGGACUUUUUCCUGUACUCUCAUAUCGCCCUUCAGGGAACUUCUCGGCCGGUCCAUUACACUGUCCUCUAUGAUGACGCCAACCAUCGCCCAGAGACUUUGCAGAACAUGAUCUACGAGCACUGUUACCAGUACAUGCGCUCGACCACCUCUGUCUCCCUGCAUCCGGCAGUUUACUAUGCCCACCUUGCUUCCAACCGUGCCAAGGCUCAUGAGGAUAUCACAGCGACCCAAGGUCCUCAGGGCGGAGCAGGGUACAAGGCCAAAGCCCCUGUCAAGACCGAACAGCCGUCUGAUACUGAAACCAAGAAGCUCAUGCCUCUCUUCAACGGAACCCAAAUCAAGUUCGCCAUGUGGUACAUUUGAGCGGUCUUCCAACUGAAACGCUGUAGUGCCACAAUCUGGUGGUCACUAUGACAGCUCAUCACCGGUUUCCUUUCACUUCGUGUCCGAGUACAGCCCAAAUUCCGGACCCUGACUUUCAGCAGUUGAAGUCUCUGCUUCGAAUGAAAAGGCGAGGUCCUAUUCCAAUGGGCCAUUUUUCUCCACCAUCAGUGUACGGUAUUGAAUUCCUGCGUUUGCUGCGUUCAAUAUACCCAAGUCACAAAAAAAAAAGUACUUUCGAUCUGCGGCUCAUCCAUGCUGGAGACCCGGGUGGCUUAGUGAGCCAGCUCAUCGAUUGUCAACCAUCCUACGGCAUUUGCUAUCACACACAUCAGCCGGCUGGAUGGUAUUUCUUUUAGUUUAGCUCCGAUAGACAUGAAAUGCAUUUAAUCAAGCUUUGUUCCUGUUCGUAGAAAA